CGGAAUGUCUGUGGAAUGGGAGGAGGGUGGCUAACUUUUGCCAGUCCCUCCUUCACUUUUUUCUUUGCCCCUUUGCUUCCAGCUUGUAAGACCUGCCCAGGGACGGACAGCCUGGCCUCAACUGUCACUCACAUUUCUUCCAGCCAAUGGAAAAGUCGCCUGUCACCCUCACCCCACCCCCUCCAGGGAGUGAGGGGAGGGGUGUGUUUUGGGGAGGGUAGGUCUGAGGGGAGUGGGGAGGGGGAGGGCGGGGGGUGAACAGAGUUGAAUGAUUGAACUUUCUUUUUUAGUUUCUGCAGCAGUGAGGUUCCCCUAGUAGUCCAGCACCAGACCGGUGCAUAGGAGCUUAUCCAGGCGUCUCUUGCCUGUUGUACUUCCCUUGUUCCCCCUCCCCACACACAAAGCGAUGGUGUUAAAGGAUCCUGGCGUGUUUCUGACCCUUUUCCUAUGGAUUACGGCUUCAUGGGGCUGCCUGGCUACAGCUGCGGGGCUUGGUGCUGCCGCCCGCAAGCAGGACGAGACUCUUUCUGCUGUCAGUGUUUACAGAGCCAGAUGCACCUCCAGGUGCCUUAGCCUGCAGAUCACCCGAAUCUCAGCGUUCUUCAAGCAUUUCCAGAACAAUGGUUCCUUGGUAUGGUGCCAGACUCACAAACAGUGUUCUAAGUGCCUGGAACCCUGCAAAGAAUCAUGGGAACUAAAGAAAAAUCAAUGCCAAAGUUUUUGUGAGCCUCUUUUCCCUAAGAAGAACUAUGAAUGCCUAACUAGCUGUGAGUUCCUCAAGUAUAUUCUGUCAGUGAAGCAAGGUGACUGUCCAGCACCUGAGAAGGCCAGUGGUUUUGCAGCUGCCUGUGUAGAAAGUUGUGAAAUUGAUAAUGAAUGCUCUGGAGUGAAGAAAUGCUGCUCGAAUGGAUGCGGACAUACCUGCCAAGUCCCCAAAAACCUAUACAAAGGUGUUCCUCUGAAGCCUAGGAAAGAGUUACGAUUUACAGAACUUCAAUCUGGACAGCUGGAGAUCAAGUGGUCCUCGAAAUUUAAUAUUUCAAUUGAGCCUGUAAUAUAUGUGGUUCAGAGGAGAUGGAAUUAUGGAAUCCAUCCUAGUGAGGAUGAUGCUACAAAUUGGCAGACUGUGGCACAGACUACUGAUGAGAGAGUUCAACUGUCUGACAUAAGACCUAGCAGGUGGUACCAGUUCCGAGUGGCUGCCGUUAAUGUUCAUGGAACAAGAGGCUUCACAGCACCCAGUAAACACUUCCGCUCUUCUAAAGAUCCAUCUGCUCCACCAGCUCCAGCUAAUCUCAGGAUUGCCAACUCCACUACUAACAGUGAUGGAAGUGUGACUGUAAGAAUUAUUUGGGACAUGCCAGAAGAACCUGAUAUUCCCGUGCAUCACUACAAAGUCUUUUGGAGUUGGACAGUCAGCAGCAAGUCAGUUGUGCCAUCUAAAAAGAAGAGAAGAAAGACAACUGAUGGGUCUCAGAAUUAUGUGAUCCUGGAGGGUCUUCAGCCAAAUAACAACUAUAUGGUAGAAAUACAGGCCAUAACUUACUGGGGACAAGUACGCCUAAAAAGUUCUAAGGUGUCUCUUUACUUCACUGCCACACAAGCAACAAGUAAUAAAGAUCAGCUUGGAAAAACUAGAAAAGGAGUCACUGAAAUACUCCCCCCUUUUCAAAGAAGGAGACCAACUCGCCUUCUGGAAAUUGGAGCCCCUUUCUACCAGGACAACAUGCUUCAGGUCAAAGUAUACUGGAAAAAGAAUGAAGAUGCCAGUGUUAAUCGAUAUCAUGUCCAGUGGUUUGCAGAAUCAUGUACUCAUAAUGAAACGAGUGAACCUGAGAAAGCUACUGGUAUGGCCCAUGAAAAUUAUAUAAUUCUUCAAGAUCUGGCCUUUUCAUGCAAAUAUAAAGUGACUGUCCAACCGGCAAGACCCAAGGGUCGUUUGAAGGCAGAAAGUAUUUUCUUUACCACCCCACCUUGCUCUGCUCUGAAAGGGAAAAACCACAAACAUAAUAGCUGUCCUGGUGAAGGAGGUCCAGCUCUUUCCAAAGUGUUAGCGAAGCCUGAGAACCUGUCAGCAUCUUUUGUUGUUCAAGAAGUCAAUAUCACAGGACACUUUUCCUGGAAGAUGUCCAAAGCCAAUCUCUAUCAGCCUAUGACAGGAUUUCAAGUCACUUGGGCAGAAGUCACCACAGAGAGUAGACAAAAUAGCUUACCCAAUAGCAUCAUUUCCCAGUCUCAGAUACUGCCAGCAGAUCACUAUGUGCUGACUGUGCCGAAUUUGAGACCAUCCACACUUUACAGAUUGGAAGUGCAAGUCCUAACUACUGGAGGGGAAGGGCCAGCCACAAUAAAGUCUUUUCGGACACCUGACCUGCUGUCAUCUUCACCUCACAGACCUCAUCUUAAACAACAUCAUCCACAUCACUACAAGCCUUCCCCAGAAAAAUACUAAAAUGAAAUGAUUUUUAGAGUGAAAGAAUAUUGAACUACAGAAUAUUUGCAGGACAAAUAGGUACUUUCCCCAUCCUUAUCUUACCUAGAUGAAGUUACAAUCACAUAUAAUAAAUUGCUAGUUCUGCAUAGACAUUUUCCUCAAUACAUGUGCCUGCAACCCUGCAUGUUACAAGCAUUACAACAGUAGUGUCCAUAUUCUGCCAACUGAAGAUAUAAAGCACACCUAUGUCAUUAUGAAGAAAAUGCCUAUUGUAACUGAGAUUUUGUUUCCUAUACUUAAACUAAAUACAAUGGGUGCCAUAUGUGUCUUUGAUGAUCUUUGGGAAAGGAUCUUUAGAGAAAAGUGGUUUUGCAUUUGACCAAUUUAGACCAGCUUUGUGUAGAUGAUGGAAGAAAAUGUGGGAGAAAAUGAAGGCACUAAAAAAAUAAAGACAAUAAUAGAGAUUUUAGUCUGAAAAUAUAUUAACAGUAUCAAUUUAAGAAAUAUGAGAUGAGGAGAAUUCAUGUUUAACAGUUUUCCCCAAAUGAUAUGGUGAAUGUUGUGGUUAGGCCACAUCUGUAUUAUCAAUCAGACACCAUUGGGAAAUGAUUUAUAUGUACUUACGUGAAUAGGUAAAUGAAAUGAGGAUUUGCACACCACUGAAGUAUCUUUACCAUUCCAACUCACCUCCUAAACAGCGUAAUAUUUAGAUAUUUUGUACCCUACUUGAAUAUUGCAAUCCAUUCUAACGCCCGCACUAAAUCCUGAUAAAUUCAUGUUAACCUUGAAUUGGGUAUUAUUGUGCCACCAAUUUAUUUAGACAGUAAUCAAAAUAUCCAAGUAAUUGAUUGAUUUAGCCCAGAGAAUGUUUCCCAUUUCUUCUUCAGGAAAUCAAUCAUUUCACUGUCUCCCAGUCUAGUAAUCGAAGUUUUUCUUGGGUCUAAGAAUUUAAAUUCCCCAAUUGUGCAAUGCUAUUUGUUCUUUCAUUUAUUUUUAGUUAAGGAGGAAAACUGCCAUUUGCUUCCAUUUUCUUAAAAUGUUCAUAUAAUUGAAGACUUAUGUUACUCCAUUCUUAAAAUGAAGAGAGUUUCAGUCCAAACUUUUUCUAAUGCUUUACUCUGGACUUACAGAUUUUUUUUGAAAAGUACAAAAAGUGCUUUGAUUCAUGGGAGAAAAAUAGUUAUUCUGCAUGUAAUUCAUCCUUACUACAUGAGUUAUAUUAUUUUAAAAUUCUUUUCUAUAAGCAGUUUCUCAUUUGGAUUGAUACAAAAUUACCCUAAUCAUUCCCAAUCAGAAUAAAAUUGACCCUAUCAGAAUAUGUAAUUGCUAUGAUUAUUCCUAAAGAAAUGAGAUUAUAGGAUUUUUCAAGGUAUACAUAUGAAACAGGCAUACACACAUGCAAAUAUGCACACAUACAUAUAUGAUGCAUAUACGUUCACACACAUAUGCAUACCAUGUUGGACUUAGUUUUUACUGGGAAAAGCUCAAAACAGCUUAUCCAUAUGGGAAAAGUAAACAAAAUCCCAGGAAUCUUGCCAAAGACAAUGAGAAUUAAUGAGAGGAGUUAAUAGUUAAUUUCCUUCCAGGUUUUCUCUUGUUUAAAAAGAUAACCAUAAAUUUAUUUUUUUAAUUGCAUGGCUUUCAUCUUGAAGUUCACUGGGAAAAAAUGUUUUAAUAUUUUAGAAAAGCACAUUUUCAUCAUUACUUCAUAUACAAAUUUAUCAAAUCACUUAAUGAUUGUCUUAUGGAUGCAUAGAAUUAUGGGAACUAAUAUAGAACUUAGAAUUCAUGGAACCUAUGUACACACAUACACACACAUAUAAAUGUAAGAUUAUUUGUCUGAUCAUCUAUUUUUAUCAACCCAAAUGCUGUAUCUAGGUUUUAUUUGUAAAACUGCUUAUAAGAUCAGGAAACCCAAACAUUGAUUUCUAAAAUAUUUUCCUUUUAUAGUGAAAAAAUUGAAAAUUCCUAAUGAAUAAUUUUAGUAGGUCAUGCAUGUAGCCUAAAAAAAGUCCAAAUGAAAGUUCUUAUUGGUUUUUUAGGCAACUCUUAAUUCAGAUAAGCAUAUAAAUAAACCUUGGGAAAUAUACCAGAUUUUUGAGAUCUAAACCAUUUUGUUGAAGGAAACAAGAAACUCAUGUUAAAAUGCAUGAGGAAUAAGCAAACAUUUCACAGAGGUCUCCUUUGAAAGUUAUGCUAAAUUUCAGUACCAAUGCCAACAAUCAAAAUCAACAAUAACAAAAUUUUAAGAGAGAAAAAAGAAGCACACUUUGUGUCAAGCCCAAGUUUAUAAUUUUCUUUUUUUCUUUUUGGUUAUUAUAGAAUCAAUGCAAUCAAUCUUUAAAAUCUGUUAGUCAUGAAUGGUUGAAAUAAGUAGGUCAAAAGAUACUAAUAAGAAUGUAAAUGUAUGGAGAACUGAAAUAUUUCUCCUUUAGUUUGGGCUAGCCAAGAUAUAAAGUAUUGUUUUAAAUCUAUAGAUAGAGGCUGAAAUCCACAAUUAAUACCAUUAAUUCCAUAGUAACAAGCAACUGUCUAUAUCAACAUCUGUUUCUUUUUUUUAAUCUCUAUAACACAUCAUUCAAGUUUGAGUGGUAGAUUUUUAUUUAAAAAUAUAGGAAAUUAUUAGCUUAAAGAACGGUUGUUUUGCAUGUUCUUAACUUUCAAUAAGUUCACUUUGGCAAAGUAAAAAGUAUAAUUUCACUUUUGAGAAUUGAAAACUAUCAUUUAAAAAGAAACAAAUGUAUUAUUUCUGUAUCUAAUCAUGAAAUCUGUCUGGCAGAAAUUUAUAAGAUAUAUUAAAAUUGUUCAGAUCUCACGUUUAAAGACAAUACUAUUACAUUUAAUAAUUAAAAUCAGUGUUUGGGGAACUGAACUAGCUAAAUAUUUUAGUUGUUCAGAAAGUACUGAAAAUAGAGAAAAGACAAGUAUUUAUUUAGUAAACCAUAUUUUGGCCUGCUAGAAUGUAUGUGUCUUGGAUUUUUAUCUCAUGAAGAUUUUUUUUUCCAUCUGAAAAUUUUAAGGUUUUGUUUUGUUUUGUUUGCAAAUGGUCUUAUGUCCAUUUGAAAUCACAUGAAACAAUUUUCAUACCAUUUAUGGGAAAAGAUCAUUUUUGUGCUAUGUUAUUUUGGAAAUGUUUACAAAUCAGAAUUCAAAUCAGAACAUAUUGUUGCUUCUUAUAAAGCUAAAGGAACACAAUUCAGGCCCUGUCCUGAAACCUUGGCUGAGAAGAGAGAUUCUGCCCAUAUUAGGAUUGUAGGAGAAGACUCGAACACUAUAGUAAGAUACACAAUUAAGGUGAGGGGACACUGGGAACAGAGGAGACAGAAGAAAGUAAUAUGUUAAAAAGCCCAACAUUGAAAUAGGCCAUCUUAUUAUCUCCUUGCUCAUUUAGAACACAUAAAAAUGAUUUCUGUCACAUGUCUAAAUAAUGCCAGUGGAAAUUUAAUUUUGUGAUUAUUGUGAUUUUGACUUAUUUAUUAAUUCCCCUUCCUUACAUUUUGUGACACAAAAUCCUACAUUUUUGUUGGUACUAAAAAUCCCAAAUAAUUGUAAGGCAUGUUAUAGGUCUUACACUUUAGAACCAGAAACUGAGGCUCAAAAACUGUUGCAUGUAGUUUAAAUAUUAUUUAAGAAAUGUAAAUGAAUUACCUGAAGAUGUUGAUUAUUAUAUAUGGUUUGCAUGCCCAAACUCAGUGCUCAGUUAUCGGCAUGAACUGUAAUGACUGUCAUAUCUCUACUGAAUAUAUUAGCAAGUUAUACAAUUUACAGAGUGAUUAACAGAGGUUUAUAUGUAAAGUUAUUUUUUUUCCUUUACGUAAUUAUAUUGUAGUGUGAAGAUAACAGAACUGUUUAUCUGUCACCCAAGUGGGCUGUAGAAAUCAUGUUCCCUGUAACAGUCAUUUAAAGUCAAUAUUUAUUUAUGUUUGUAAUACAGAAAAAGUUUGAUUUUUGUGUAUGUCUGUCCUAUUAUUUACAGAGAAGAAAUCUUCUUGUAAAUUUUUUGUAAAAAACAAGCAAAAGUAACUGUAAAUAGUCUGAUAUUCUGUUACUCAUUAUUUUCAUGUUAGAAUUUGUACAUAUUGUUUAAGUAAUAAACUAUCCCUAAACCUGUAAA